AACUUUCUUUUCUCAUACCUCUUGGCUUCGACCGACCCUACUAAUAAAACCUGUAAAUAAUCGAUUCCCCCGUGUAGAUCACGAUGGAAUCUCAAAAGGCCAAAUACGCAAACUUACGUCCCGUGGACGAUCGCGAUGACUCGAGGUCCAGCACCGAAGUCGAGGAUUCUCUGAUGGGUGAUGAGAAGCGGUGGCACGACGUAGAGCUAAACAGGCCGACGACGCGGGCGGGGAGGCUAAGCAGAUUCGUCACUGCCUUUAAAUCGGCGAGAUGGGUCAUCGAUACGGGCUUACUGCUGAUUAUACUGGCGCUCUUAAUUCGAGACCAGUCGCGCCGGCCGGCAGCGGAAGAAAAAGAAGUCAACCCGUGGCAGUUCGGCCAAGACCUAACAGGAGUUGGCCCUAGAUUUUCUCAAAGAAUCACGACGUUUGAGAGAGAUGAAUCGUACGCGCCGAAUAACACGGCAGAGUUUUUCACGGAUAAGGUAUUACAGAGGUGGAAUGAUCUGAUGCCAAAGGGUAUGGGGUUCGUAUGGGUGAAUGAUACGCAAAAGUACCAUGAUCUUCCAACACCCAUUGAGUGGCCGGAUAAGACCGUCUUUACGACGUCGGCGACGCAUCAAUUGCACUGUCUCUUUGCCAUUGUCCAGACGUACUCGGGCUUAACCUCGGGUCACGAAGUACCAGGCGACCAUCACUGGCAUAUGAUCCACUGCUUCGACUACAUGAGACAAGCCAUCAUGUGCAGUUCUGACAUGGCCUUGGAAGGUCUCGAGACGACAUUUCCGGACCACAAUGGGGGUUCCGACGGUUGGGACUCUAAGCACGUGUGCCGGGAUUGGAGCGAUGUCAAGUCAUAUCUAGAGAGCGUGCGAGCAUAUGAUGACCAGCUAAUAUACUGAUUUUUUUUUUGUUUCGUAUAAGCGAUGAUGAGCGGUUGGAGUUAGGCGUAGGAUCCCAGGAUAGCUGUCAAAUUAUUAUCUGCAUUAUGAGUGUCAAAAGAAACCGUAAAGGUUAUUAGAUAUAUGGCAUAUAUGGCAAAUUGCUUGCUACGCUUGAGCUAUUUAGCGAUCUUUAAA